AUGGCAUUCUCCUUCGCUCCAUUGCCUUUAUCUUACCCUGAAGAGAUACAACAUGACCUUUCCCCGUUUAUACUUAUCCAUAAAAAUGGCCGUAUUGAACGUCUAGUCGGAGAAGAGAUCACCCCUCCAUCAACCGAUUACACCACCGGAGUUCGCUCCAAAGAUGUCCAAAUCUCACCGGAAACAGGCCUCUCCGCUAGGAUCUACUUGCCAGGAACUAUUAUCUCCCAAGAGCAUAAACUCCCUGUCCUUAUUUACUUCCACGGUGGUGGUUUCGUUUUCGGAACAGCCUUCAGUACUAUGUUCCAGCCCUUCCAUAACAGGCUUGCUUUGGAAGCACAAACCAUCAUCGUUUCUGUUGAUUACAGAAGAGCCCCCGAACAUCUCUAUCCAACUCAAUAUGAUGAUUCUUGGGAAGCCAUCAAAUGGGUUGCUUCUCAUGCAAAUAGAAACGGUGCGGAGCCAUGGCUUAAUGACUAUGCUGAUUUUGAACGUCUCUUCUUUGGUGGGGAAAGUGCCGGUGGAAACAUAGCUCACCAGAUGGGGAUGCGGAUUGGGUUAGGAAAAGACUUGGAUGCUUUUGGUGAUCGAGUGAAGCUUUCUGGGAUUCUUCUGAUCGAUCCACACUUCUGGGGAGAAACUCUAAUUGGUGGUGAGGUGAAUGCUGAUGUUAAGGAAAUAAAUAUCUUGGAAAAACUGUGGCGGGUGAUGAACCCAUCAUUUAGCAGUUUGGAUGACCCGUUGAUAAACCCGGCAAAAGAUCCGAAUCUUUCGAAGUUAGGGUGUCGAAGGGUACUUGUUUCUGUGGCUGAAAAAGAUUUGUUGAGGGAUAGAGGAUGGUAUUAUCAUGAUAUUCUGGGGAAUAGUGGAUGGAACGGGCAAGUUGAUAUAAUUGAAGCCAAAGGAGAGGGACAUAUGUACACAAUAGUGGUUAAAACGUUUCGUUUAUCAUGGACUUUGUAUAUAUGCUCAAAAUUUGCCUUUCGCAUUGAGAUCCCAAAGAUCAUCCGAAGUGGAGAGGCGUACAUCUAA